GGAGGAUGGCACGCACCGUGCGAGAUGCCCUGCUCACAGCCUUGGACAAUCUGAGUGGGAGAAGCUUCAAGAGGUUCCGCAGCAAAAUAACGGACUGGGACAUCAAGGAGGGCUUCAACACGAUUGCCAAAAGCUUGCUAGAGAAGGCAGAACCUGAUGACGUGGUGGAUCUGAUCCUGAAUCACUACAAGGAGUGUUAUGGUCCAGAGCUGACGGUGGAAGUUCUAGAAGCCAUCGAUGAGAAGCAAGAGGCCUCGAAACUGAUGAAGGACCUGGAGAACGGACAACAGGACAAGCUGUGCACUGCAGCAGAACGUAUGCAGCAAGCAGUGACAUGCGGUACCUGGUUCCAGAGCCCACCACAGUCUGCCUCAAGCCACAAAAUGCACUUUGUGGAUCAACAUCGGGAGGCUCUGAUAAAAGGGGUGGCCCUGGUAGAUCCCAUCCUGGAUAGCCUUAUGUCUGCAAAUCUGCUGACUUACGAAGAUUAUUCCACAAUAAGGAGAGAGGGAACAUCUUAUGCGCAGAUGAGGAUGCUCUUCUACAAAUACGUCUGUUCCUGGGAGGAGCCUCAGAAGGAUGUAUUGAAUAACGCCUUGAAAAAAAAUAAUCGCAUUUUGAUGGAAAAUCUGGGGGGAAGUUAG